UAGUAGAAUUAUUGUACCUAUAAAAAUAUGAUGCACAAGUCUGAUAUUGUAGUAUGGAUAAUUACGUGCAUAUUUUUAACGAUCAUAUUCGCCCGCCAUUUUUGGCAAACUCACAAUAAUUCGUGCAUAACUGCACACGAUUACUACACAAAUCUCGAUAAGAAUCCGAAGUGUUACUAUAACCCAGACAUUGACUUGACCGUUCCUGAAAUUAUCCGUCGAUAUGGCUACGAAGUGGAGACGCUCGAGGUGGCAACAGAAGAUCACUAUAUCCUCAAAGCCUACAGAAUUCUCUCCAAGAAAAGUGAUGGAUUUACACCACCUCAACCCGUAUAUCUUCAGCAUGGAUUAUUUCAAAACAGCAAAGCUUUCCUGAUGCAAGGAAAUAAAUCUUUACCGUUCAUGCUGGCAGACGCCGGGUACGAUGUUUGGUUAGGAAAUCUUAGAGGAACCCUAUAUUCAAGACACACCUACUUAUCCAAGCUAGACAACAAAUUUUGGGAUUAUUCCUUAGAUGAAUACGCUUACAGUGACGUCCUCUCUCUAAUAGACCUGGUUUACGAACAAACUCAGCGCAAAAUUAUCUACAUUGGAUACUCUGUUGGUGCGACGAUUGCAUACGCGUACAGUGCCCGUUUUCCCAAUGUAGCGCAGGCCAAAAUGCAGAUACUAGUGGCUUUGGGCCCCACCGUACACCCGAAAGAACUAAAAUCUGCCAGUAGACACAUUUUAUCUAAUUGGAACUACAUCUUGCCUGUGGUCAAGUUUUGGUCGAAAGGGAGCGUGGAUGUCAAGAAAUUUGGGUACUUCGAUUGGUCUUCCGUGUGCUUUCCGUUUCCAUUUCAAAUGAGACUUUGUGAGGUUGCAACUCAACUGACCCACGAUUUUAGUUUAGACAAGAUUGAUCCGGAAUUCUGGCCGUUAAUAUUGGUGAAUAGUUUUGAUGUGGUGUCUAUAAAAGUGGUUACACAUUUAUCACAAAUUCUUGCCAGUGGUGAAUUCCGUUCAUUCCGUUCUAGCGAUGAGGAAAAUCAAAGCAAGUACAGCAACAUUGGUGUCGAUCUGAGCAAUGCAAGAAUUCCCACUUACAUUCUUCGUGCGGAAAAUGAUGCGAUUAGUACAAAAAAAAACGUCGAGUUUCUACACAGCAACUUACCUGUGGAGGCGACCAAACAUGCAGUGUACGUAAUAAAGGAUGGCAACUUUACACACGGAGAUUUGUUAUGGCAUAAGGACGUAAACACCCAUGUAAAUGUUCCUAUUAUUAAGUUUAUUGAUGAAUUCCUGGUAAAUGUAAGAGAUCAAGAGUAGAUAUAGUUCUUUGUACAUAAUUAUUUAUAAUUUUAUAAAACUUUUUUUAAAUAUU